UGCCUCUCCUCUCCUCUCCUCUCCUCCCCUCAUCUCCUUCAGGAUGAAUUCCAUCCUUUCAUCGAAGCGCUGCUGCCCCACGUCCGGGCCUUCGCCUACACGUGGUUCAACCUGCAGGCGCGCAAGAGGAAGUACUUCAAGAAGCACGAGAAGCGCAUGUCCAAGGAGGAAGAGCGCGCCGUGAAGGACGAGCUGCUCGGCGAGAAGCCCGAGGUCAAGCAGAAGUGGGCCUCGCGCCUGCUGGCCAAGCUGCGCAAGGACAUCCGGCCCGAGUUCCGCGAGGACUUUGUGCUGACCGUGACGGGGAAAAAGCCGCCUUGCUGCGUGCUCUCCAACCCGGACCAGAAGGGCAAGAUGCGGAGGAUCGACUGCCUGCGCCAGGCCGACAAGGUGUGGCGCCUGGACCUGGUCAUGGUGAUUUUAUUCAAAGGGAUUCCCCUCGAAAGCACUGACGGGGAGAGGCUGGUGAAGUCUCCGCAGUGUUCGAACCCCACGCUGUGCGUGCAGCCGCACCACAUUGGAGUCUCCGUCAAGGAGCUGGAUCUGUACCUGGCCUACUUCGUGCACGCCGGUGAGUCUCGUCUUCCCGUUAUUCUGCGUGGGAAUGGAGCCGUGUUGCAGGCGGUGAUUUGUCCCGGCUGCUCAGAGUCGCUGUCUCUGUUGCUAAGGACGACCCCCCCCACCACCACCACCACCACCAUCAUCAUCAUAGAGGGACGGGGGGAAGGUCCUUAG